AUGGCGCCAACUGGACUACUGUCCACAAUCGAAAAGCAGAUCGACGUCGCUCGCACCCCGGACCACGGACCCGACGCGUUCAUAAACACCUCGUCCUCGUGGCGGCCAGGAGUGCGUGGGAUAUUUGGUGGGUUCGCCAUUGCGCAGAGCCUGCGAGCCGCCCAACAGACCGUGCGAGAGGAGUUUGUCGCACAUUCCUUACAUGGCUCGUUCGUAUUUGCGGGAACUUCAGAUGAUAGCAUUAUCUAUCAUGUAGAACGGGUUCGCGACGGGAGGGGCUUUUGUACGCGGUCCGUUCGGGCGAUUCAAGGAGGGAGCCCUAUUUUUAUUUGCAUUAUCAGCUUCACCAGGGCUAGAGGUUCGGACACAGGUAUAAAAGACCUUCAGCAUUGCCCUCCAAUGCCGGCCAAUGUUCCAAAGCCAGACGAUACAUACAAGGGCGGAGGGGGCUUGCAGCUCCCCUACAUCAACAGCAGUGUGGGUAUCCUCAAUACCAAUAACCAGGGUAGCCCAGAGAAUAAGAGGAUUCAUCAGUGGAUCAAGGCUGUUGGUCCUCUAUCGCCAUCGGCCGGUCCGCAGAUUCACCAGGCAGCACUUGCAUUCAUGUCAGACAGCUACUUUCUCGUCGGCGUCCCGCAUAGCCAUGAGAUCUGGCAUUUUGUGAACACGCCAAUAUCGGAAUUCUAUCCUUCUCCGAAAGGGCCUUCAAGGUCGACUGAAACACACACUUCUAUUCGACGACCGCAUCUGGAAUGCCCAGGGGUUGAGCCUGGUAGUGGGGAACGCAAGGUCUCUAUGAUGGUUAGCUUAGAUCACACCAUGUACUUUCAUAAUAUGCAAUAUUUACAAGCGGACGAGUGGUUACUGUCGGAAAUACAGAGCAGUUGGGCAGGCAACGGUCGUGGUAUAGUUCAGCAGAGAAUGUGGACUCAGCAUGGCAAACUUGUCGCAACUUGCAUUCAGGAGGGAGUCAUCCGUUUGGAAAAUGGACAGACGCAGAGACAGAAGACAAGUCAUUUAUAA